GGAGGCCGAUACCUGAUCUGCAUGUACUGUUGUCUCACUGUGUGCCAGUAUUUCAUAUCUGAAGCAUCCGCUGGCUGGAGUUGACUGAGACUUUGCCAUGGCACUGAGAACAUGGGCAACAAACAGACCAUCUUCACAUCUCAACAACUGGACGCUUAUCAGGACUGCACUUAUUUCACCAGAAAAGAAAUUCUGAGACUGUUUCAUCGGUAUCGAGAUUUAGCUCCUCAACUUGUACCGCUGGACUACACAGAGCAGCCUGACGUCCGCCUGCCGUACGAGCUGAUUGGCAGCAUGCCCGAGCUGAAGGAUAACCCGUUUCGUCAGAGGAUCGCUGAGGUCUUCUCAGAAGAUGGAAAAGGAAACAUGACUCUGGAUGAUUUUCUGGACAUGUUUUCAGUUUUAAGUGAGAUGGCACCACGGGACCUGAAGGCCUACUAUGCAUUUAAGAUCUACGACUUCAACAAUGACUACUUCAUCUGUAAAUCAGAUCUGGAGAAGACUCUGAAUAAACUGACUCGCAACGAGCUGACAGAGGAUGAGGUGAGAAUGGUGUGCGAGAAGGUCAUCAAUGAAGCCGAUCUGGAUAAUGACGGACGCUUGUCACUGGAGGAUUUUCAGAAUAUGAUCACAAGAGCUCCAGACUUCCUCAGCACCUUUCAUAUCAGGAUAUAAAGCUUUUCCAUGAUGUUCUGGGAUUGACCAACAGUAUUGUUUGUACAGGGGAUAACUACAUGGGAUGCUCAACAAAAGGUCACUAAAAAAAAAAUUAUGCAAGAAUAGUUCAGUUUUGUUCAGCACUGAUGCUUUACAUUAAAAGUUUCAAUGCAAAAAUGUGUCGAAUAGAAGUUUUCUCGUUUUCUUUAGACACAAAUGCAAUGUUUAAUUUAAAUGUUAAAACUGCUAUUUUAUACCAUUCU